AUGGCUACUCCCGGUGUCCAUACCUGGGAUGCUGCUAAUUACGACCUGGAACAAGUGUUUCGAGCUGUGUUGUACGCAGAAGAAAGAGACCGACAUCUUACUGUGAUUGAAACCGAUCAGUUCUCUGUGGCCUGUUCCAAGAAAUACUGGAAAGCAUCGGAAAAACUUGGUUUUAAAGAUAACGGAGAGCGUCUUAAAGUGUUCCCGUAUGUUUUAAUAUUUCAAGUUUCUUUAAAGGAAGACUUCGACUUGAACCAACAGGAAGCAGAUACGACCAGUAUAGCAUUAAAAGAAACCAGAGACUUACGAAAGAAGUCUUCACCCAAAAAUGAAGCUUCGAAAAAAAGCUGUAAACAUUUACGAGAGAACAUGGAGCCUGUUGAUGGGUCUGUGCAACAAACCAGGGACAAAAGGAAUGUCAAAUCUAAAGAGAUUGGUCAAACCGAUUCGAUAUCUGGAUCGAAAAGGUCAAAAUCAUCGAGUGGGGACCGUGAAUUAUCUCACUGUGAUGAAGGGCAGUUGGUUAUGUCACCAGAACGCUGGUUAAGAAGUAAAAAAGAUAGUGCGUCACAGUCACAGAAAACCUCUCCCAAAUUUAAUUCAGUUAAAUCCAAGAUGUUUCCCUCCAAACCUGUUAGAAGAUCUCCACGUUUGUGCCAAACUACCAAUGUGAAAAACCCACAAAAUGUUGGUUUGGAAUCGGAAAUUGUCAGUGUUAACAAAAUACCAAAUAAGGCGUCUCAUCAGAAAAAGACUACAAAUUACGUCAAGACGAUACCCAUUUCUGCCAAUUCCAUAACAGUUGCAAAACCGAAGAAAACAAAAUCUGUUUCGCCAGUAAAGACGUCCAUUCGACAGACUCGGUUACAGAACAGAAACAACUCCAGUUUGGGAUCAGAUGACGUGGACAUUGCUCAGAGAAUGAAAGUUAUACGCUUGUCAAGAAAUGAUCGUCAUUUGAUCGAGUCGGAGGAAUAUGCUGAAAACUUGAAACUUCAGUCGCUGGCAAGUUCAAAAUCAUUGAGACGAAGUCCAAGAAAACGACGCAGCUCAGGCCUAUGGGAGUUUGUAGAAACAAUAACGACUCCGAUAAAACGAUUAUUGACUGGCAGAUAAUAACUUGUGGGUGUUUAUGCCCCCUCCCCCAACGAACUCCCCCUUAAAAAGAAAGAGUAAUGUUCACUGCGGAUAUAACUGUCGAAUUCUGUAGAUUAAUCAUCGUUAAAGAAAUAACAGUGAUGUUGCAAUCUCCAGUACAGUUCAUGUCCAGGGACAAACCUUUCAGGGGGUCGGGGGGGGAUCCUUGGAAUUGUUGGUGUUUUUACCCUCCACCAGAAACAUACAUACAAUCCAGUAGUCUGUAAUCAGUUUUCAAAGUAAGAGCUUGCCCACUAUUUGGCCAGAGAAGACUAGGUUAUUGAGUCCUAAUUUUUUAAUGUUUUUUUUUUUUUUUUUUUUUGACAUAGCUUAGAUAUAGCCAUUGUGUACUUACGGAGUGGCAUGGAGAGUAACACAGCAAAACAGUUUUCAGUUGAAUAAUUAUGUUCCAAAAGCAAACUGAAGGGUUUUGUAGCAUCAUAUGCAUUUAUGCCACCCGCCAC